AUGUUCAACAUCUCGACUCCCGAGACGAGGAAGAAUGCGCAAAAGGUGUACAAUCAACAGGCUAGGCGGGAGGAGGAGGCCAUGGCAGGCACGGAACGCAUGCUCAAAGCAGCGGAUGAUCGGCUGAGUCGUGCAGAACAAACCGCUAUAGAACUGCGGUCCCCUAACAUGACGUGCAGUGCCGUGGAGAAUAAACAGGAUGCCUUGAAGGCUUAUCAGAGGCAUGAAAAAGUUCGCCGAGCAAGGAUGACGCCGCACAGGAACGAGCUGCAGAAACGAUAUAACGAAGAGGCUUCUCUCUUAAGUUGGUCCAAACCCGACGGACACCGUCUCACGCCUGACCUCUGCAAGAAAAUUGCCGGUCUCAACAAUCAAACCGCCGCGUGGGACAAGAAGCUCGUCGGUCCCAAGUUCUACAAGGUCCGCGGCUACAACCCACUCACAGCACCCGACCUUCUCCAACACGAAAUAUCCCAAACCCCAACCUCCAAAUCCACCGUCCUCGCCGCCCGUAACGCGGCUGCCUCCAUAGUCCAGAACCACGACCCCCUCCACCGUCUCCUUGUCAUAAUCGGGCCCUGCUCCAUCCACGACCCCGCCGCCGCCCUAGAUUACUGCGCGCGCCUCCUGAAGCUGAAAGAGAAAUACCAAGAUGACCUCCUCAUCAUCAUGCGCGCCUACCUAGAGAAACCGCGCACAACGGUGGGCUGGAAGGGCCUGAUCAACGAUCCGGAAAUCGACAACAGCUUCCAGAUCAACAAGGGACUGAGAAUAGCGCGGCAGCUGUUCGUCGAUCUGACGGAUCGAGGCAUGCCGAUCGCGAGCGAGAUGCUCGAUACCAUCUCGCCACAGUUCCUGGCCGACUGUCUCGCCCUCGGCGCCAUCGGCGCGCGCACCACGGAAUCGCAACUCCAUCGCGAACUGGCCAGCGGGCUGUCCUUCCCCGUCGGCUUCAAGAACGGCACCGACGGCACAUUGGGCGUGGCGAUCGAUGCGAUCGGUGCGGUGCGGCAUCCGCAUCAUUUCCUCUCGGUCACGAAACCGGGGGUGGUGGCCAUCGUAGGCACGGUGGGCAAUGAGGAUUGUUUCGUCAUCCUGAGGGGCGGGAGUAAAGGGACGAAUUACGAUGCGAAAUCAAUACGGGAGGCCAAGGAGAAGCUCGCAGCAAAGGGACUGAGCGCCAGGUUGAUGGUGGACUGUAGUCACGGGAAUAGUGAGAAGGAGCAUCGGAAUCAACCCAAGGUUGCGGCGGUGUUGGCGGAGCAGAUCAGAGCGGGCGAGGAGGGCAUCAUGGGGGUUAUGAUUGAGAGCAACAUUCACGAAGGAAAUCAAAAAGUCCCACCCGAAGGCAAGUCCGGCCUCAAAUACGGCGUCUCCAUCACAGACGCCUGUAUCGGCUGGGAGGAUACGGAGAAGGUGCUGGAGAAGCUCGCGGGAGCGGUAAGGGAGAGGAGGGAGAAAUGGGCAAGGAAUGGGCAGCAUCAGCAGCAGCAGCAGCAGCCAACGACGAAUGGGGUUAACGGCUCGACAGAGAAAGCCAUGGCUGGGAUGGAAUGGAAUGGAAUGGAAUUGAAUGAGGAAGCGAGUUCCAUUGCCCUGCAUCGCAUUUGCAUGGACAGCCCCAUCAGGGGGCUUGAGCCCCGCCCCCGGUUGCUCUGGCGUGCUCUGGCUGGUUGCGUUGAUUUGAACCCGAAAACGUCAAUAAAUAGAUUGAUCCUAAAUGAAUGGGGUCAAGAUAAUGAGGCAAAUGCAGAUGCAGAUGCAAAAGUAAAAGCAAAAGGCUUAACGGAUAUAGAGCUUGCGGCUGAUAAUGAUGAUGAAGACGAUGACGAUCUGAAGAUGACAGGUGUGUAA